AUGUCUGUCGAGAAAGCAUUCGAUUUAUACACAAACCCUACUACCACCACUCCUGCGAGCAGGAAGAAAUUGAACAGGCGCCAGCUAGGAGAAGGCUGUAGUGACCCAUCCGCAAAGAGGGCUCGGACAGAGGACCCUCCUACACCAACUCCUUCUAAAGAGGCAACUCCUGCUCCAGGCCCUGCUGACCAGACUCCUCCUGCUCCCACUAACCAGAAUCCCCCAGCUCCUGCUAACCCAAGUCUUGCUACUCAGCCAGAUAAAACCCAAGUCUUACUGAACUCCACCUACACUUCGGCCAGUGACAGGCUGAAGAAACUGUCCAGACACCAGCGUAGUUUGGAAUCCUUCAGCAACGCUCCUACCAUGUCGGUCGACCAGCUCCUUAGCCGCGGGCUGAACGAACUACUCACUGGGAUUCUGACCCUGAGUACUAGUUGGUGCCGCUCAGAGGAGGUUGUCACCAAGCAGGCUGAAGAGAUCAAGGCAGCUGAGGAGAGGCCGGUCGAGAACCACAAGGUGGUUGAGGCCAAGUAUGCUGAAGAGUUGCAAACAGCAGAGGCUAAGAUCGCCAAGCUUAAGGAGGAACUGAAGAAGGAGGAGGACUCUGUUGCAAAAAUUACUGCCUCCAAAGAUAAGUAUAAGGAAGCCUCGCUGAUAAACUACUGA